CUAAAAAACAACAACAACAAACAACAAACAACAAUAACACAAUGAAUUAUGAAAAGGGGUUUGGUGAAACGCAACUUCAGCUUCAGCACCAUCAACAGCAACAACAGCACCACCAACAGCAGCAGCAGCAGCAGAAGCAACAGCAGCAGUACAAGAACAAAAAUAACAACAAAAGAAAUAGCAUACAAACUUUUUGGAAUGAUCAAAUAAUGGAACGUUUUAUAAAGGCCAAUUUAUUUAUGAUUUGCUGUGUGGCGGCCGGUUUGCUAUUGAUCGUCUAUUUGGGUGCAUUCUCUUGUGAAGUGUCAUGGAUACUGGAGGCGCAUGGUGAUUUACCAAUAUCAUCAUAUAUACUCUGCACACAAUUUUUCAUUGUAUUUGUGGCAACAACAAUACUCAUACAUGGACUUGUCACCGGUCUGCCGUGGGGUCUAUUCGCGUGGUCAGUGGUUAUUGGACUACUUUCAAUACCGGAACUGAUAUUUGUCAUGAUUAUGACGACACAGCAUUGGGGCUUACAGUCGGUGCAUGGGCUCACCGAGUUGAUUUCCUACCUCGUACGACUGGUGAUUAACUGCUUUGCAUUAAUUUGUGUGAUACCAACGGGCAUAAGAUGGCGUCGCGAAACACAAGUACUCACCCAACUGCAGGGCUUGGCUACACGCCUGCAGCUGCAGACGCCACCGCCCAGCGUGCCAAUUGUCAAGGCCGAUUCGCGGCGCUCCAGCAAGCGGCGACAGAGCGGCGCUUUCGAGAAUGCCGGCUAUGAGGUGAGCGAACCGACGAAGAUCAAUAUGAACGGCUCGCAAGCGCAAGGCCUCAACAUGUAUGCCAACAACAAUAAUCCGCUAUUUGGCUCGCAGAAUGAAUUCAAUGCGGCGCUAUUCAUGCCGCAAUACAUGCAACAGUUCAAUGGCCAUGCGUACGGCGGCAGCGGCAAUGGUGGCGUGCAAAUGCGCAACGGCAAUCGCGCUCAAUCUCUAAUGGAUCUCCGUUGUACCCUACCCGGCAUGUAUAAUCCGCGCUACGUGCUCGACACGGAGGAUAAAAACGGCAAAUACUUCAACAUUACCAUUGACGACCUCAAGAAUAGCAUACAGGAUUCGAACAAACACCAACCGCCACCGCCCUCGGUUAUCGGUUCGGUUAACGAUCCCAUCUACUGUUCGAUCGAACCAAAGCUGCCCACACCACCGCAACAGCGUCAACGCUCACCGGCCGAUAAGUCGGCACAGUCCACGGGCAAGUUGGCCCGCAAUUGCAUAUCGUUGGAGAAUUUGGAUGGUAUAGCGAAGGUCCAGAAUGAGUUGGCCGCCUAUGGCAAUAAUUUGUUGCAGAAUUACACGCAACAACAACAAUAUUACUUGGCUAUGCUCAGCGGGUAUUUGAAUAAUCCCGUGCAUGCAGCGGGUAGUGGUGUUUAUCGUCGUCCAUCGAGCGGCUCAGCGGUGGGUGCUUUCUCGGGCACAGUGCUCGCGCAACCGCUGCCGCGUAGAAAUUCACAGCACCUACAAUAUUAUGGUGGCUUUGAUUAUGCGAAUUACACAAAUCCCUACAUAACGGCGAAUAGUAAGCUGUCGUUGGGCAAUGAGUCCGAUGAUUAUCGCAAGUAUCGCGAUGUGGCGCUGUAGGCCAGGCUGUAGGUCAGGCUGUAGGGGUGAGCGCAGGAUGUUAGGACGCGGUGCUUAGUGAAGGUUAAGUAGUCAUAGAUGUUAGAAGUAGUCAAUAGUUAGUUUAAUAUUUUUAAGAAAAUCCCAAAUUUCGUGGAAAUACUCUUAGGAUAUGAUAAUUUGAUUUAAGUCUCUCCCAACCGCUGAUUGACUAAUUAGUUAAAUUGAAACCAUUUAAAUAAGAGGGCAUUCAAUAAUCGACCUUCGGUUUUACUGAAAACUUAUGUGUGUUUAGAGUUAGGUGCGAUUCUCGGUCAGUGACCAAAGUUCUUAGCCCGCUUUGGAGUCUCUACCAGCUUUGCAAAUGCACGAACCAUUUAGUAUGAUACGAGACUAUUAAUUUAGCUGAAGCUCGCUCAUCGAGAUAGUAAAGCAAGUACCAAGUAACUUGUGCUGCUAGAGCCUGGCUAUUGGCAGAUAGAUUUUUCCUCAUCUUCUUACCCCCAACCAAAAUCAUUAUUUUUGUAAUUCUUUUCCUUCCGUGAAGCCCCAAUUAUUGGAUUGUUUAAAGAGACUUAAGAAGAAGUGGCGGCCGCGGUAGCCGAGUGGUUAGCAUUGCAUACUUACAUUCGGGAUCGAAUUCAAAUCCCGGUAUCACCGUCAUUCAAAAAGUUAUUGAAAAUUAAUUUAAAAUAAGAAAUUAAAUUUUCUAAUUGCGGUCGCCCCUCGGCGAG